AUGGCGGAAUCGAAUGAAGUCAAGGUUGAAGCUCUCUUGGAUAUCAUCAACUCCUCUGCACGCGAAGCAAUGGGAGAAUACAAGAAAACUGGACAUGGGGUCCCAAGUGCCGACUCAAGUACCUUCCACCCCCUCGACCUCGCGACGGAUACACUUGCCCUCCGACAGGCAAUCAGGCUGCUCGAAGGUGCAUGCCACCAAUUGAACGCAAUAUUGGCUCCCCCCCAACACACGGUACACAAUUUUGUUCAUAAUUACAAUUGGGCAUGCACAGACGUCGCUGUGCGAUCACGCAUCGCGGACGUUCUGGACGAGCACCCGGAAGGUCUUAGUGUGGAUGCGUUGGCUAACACAGUUAACCUCGAUAAGACCAAGACCGCACGCGUCUUACGAGCUUUGUCACUCAGAGGUUGCUUUAAAGAAGUUAAGCGAGAUGUCUUUGCAAACACCCGACUCUCCCUCAUACUCAAGUCAACAAACAAUUCUUGGUGUUCUUUACGGAUCCAUCAGCAAUUCCAUGAAUACGGUACAGUUCUCUACGAGACCAUGACCGACCAUCAGUGUGCAAGAUCAGAUGAGAUUGACAAAGCCCCCCGAGCAUUUGCUCUCGGAAAGGAAGGAAUAUACAGCAGCUUCUGGGAAAUGGAUGAUGAGACACGCGAUGUGUUUCACAGAGGUAUGAUAGGUAUUACUGAUAUUCAAGGCUCUUAUGCAGCGCUGCAUCAUUAUCCUUGGGACAACGUAUCCUCUAUGGUGGAUAUUGGAUCUGGAAAUGGAGCAAUGUCCAUUCCUCUGGCGAAAAUGUUCCCUCAUCUCAGAAUAACCAAUCAGGAUCUCCCAGAAACCAUAGAGCUAGCAAGAAAUACAUGGGAGAAGAAUGCUCCUGAAGCGCUGCUCGACGGGCGCGUGGAGUUCGUGCCAGUCAACUUCCUCAAGGAGUUGCCCGUUGUUGGAAAGGAUGUUUACUAUUUGAGGAGCAUUCUUCACGACUGGCCCGACGCUGAGUCAAGGACGAUCCUCUGUAAUAUUCGCAAGGCAAUGGGACCAAACAGCCGAGUGUUGAUUCAUGAUUGCGUGCUCCUCCACACAUUUGAAGACCCUGGAGUAGGAGCCAACGAGUUUAGCAAGGCGCCCGAGCCUAUGUUAUUGAACUUUGGGGCAGGCAGUCACGCACCGUACCAGUUUGACAUGAUUAUGUGGCUUCUUUUUAAUUCCAAGGAGCGAACCUUGAAUGAAAUCAAGAUAAUCGGGCAAGUUCCUUACACGCUUUGAUACGUUGAUGAAAAGAUUGACCUGUUGCAAUUCACAGGGCCAGUGCUGGUCUAGUACUCACUCAGAUUUAUGAUCUUGUAGGGACGAUGGUCUUGGAGUUCAGAAUCGCUCAGGACUGAUGCCGAACACAAUCUAUGAUUUUCUGUUAUUGUUCUCUUACCUUCCCCAAUUGAUAUUGCCAUGAAUCAACGAAGACGACAGCGACAAAGGCAACUUUGACCCCUUUCUUCCCAU